GCUGAACGCUCGGCACACACUUUCACACAACUUGUACUACGCAUAGUAAAAUCUGCCGGCGUAGAUCGCCAUCAGAGGAGAUAACCCGGGACGUCCAUAUAUUGUGUUGUGAUACUGCCCUUGAAUCAUCUCCAGGAAGCUGUCUACGCCAUCACGACUCCGAAAAGGACAUGACGUUUGGAUGACUGCACCUGCAAAUCUCGUUUGAACGAGAUUUCAAUUUUUGCCGUUCGAAAUCUCGUUUAAAUGAGAUUUGAGUCCUUUUACUCUACACGUGUCCUAUGUGAACGAAUAUCUCGUUGAGACUAAAUAACCUUAGUGACAUAACCCAAAGAGGCAAGAUGUCAAGUAAAGACAAAAAGAACGGGCUACAAAAUGGCCAAGAUGAAUACUUAGCGUCAGUUAAUGACGUUGAUGCGUAUAUUCCCACGCCGCCGGAUGGAGGAUGGGGCUGGGUGAUCGUCGCCGCGUCUCUCGUCUGCAACAUCAUCGUGGACGGCAUCGGGUACACAUUUGGUAUAUUCUUAUUGGAAUUCACAAGCUAUUUCAAAGAGUCCAAGAGUAAAGUGGCUUUGGUUGGAUCCGUCCAGGUUGGAACAUACCUGUGUGUAGGGCCAAUCGUUAGCGCCCUUACCAACAAGUUCGGAUGUCGGCCCGUGUGCAUGGCCGGCAGUCUCAUAGCAACCAUAGGCUUCGUCGUGAGCACGUUCUCCCCAAAUGUUGAGAUACUGAUUCUCACAUAUGGUGUAAUCGGAGGAUUCGGUUUCGGAAUGAUGUACCUGCCCGCCAUCGUCAGCGUGGGGUUCUACUUCGAGAAGAAACGCGCCAUCGCAACCGGGAUCGGGGUGUGCGGAUCCGGAGUUGGCAUGUUCAUAUUCGCCCCCUUCUCUCGCUACUUACUCGACGCCUUAGAGUGGAAGAGCGCGCUUCUAAUCCUAGCAGGAAUUGUAUUUAACGGAAUGGUGUGCGGAAUGCUCAUGCGUCCCCUUUCGGCGUCCCCUAAACCCAAGAAAAGCAACGUGACUGACAUGAUCUCCAAAUCAAAACCAAUCGUAAAAAAUAAAUUCUUAGUUUUGGACAAACCAACAGGUGGCGCUGCUUACUCCUCAGUUCCAAAUAUGGUAAUGCAUUCAACCAGCACUGAAGACAAGGUGCCAUCAAAGAGUAGGGACAAGCCUGUUGAUGCUUCCAAAUACAUAGGAGCUAUUCCUGAUGACAAUUUGGACAAAGCGGAAGUGGAACCUCUGGUCCAAAAGAUGAGAUUCUUGGACGUGGAAGACAGGAUCCAUCACAGCAGUCCCCGUCGUGCUCACGAUCUGACAUUUAUAUCAGAGGCAAACCUAAACAAGAUUAAAGGCGACUUGUCUCGCCCGAUGUACCGGAAGGACAUCUUCUACAGUGGCAGCAUUAUGAACAUCCAACAGUUCAAGUCGCAGCCGGAUAUGAAAGACUACAUUCGCAGCGUCACUAGCAUACCCAGCAUGCACAUGGAGAAGACGUGCUUCACGUGCGAGUGGAUACCCAAACCUGCACGUGACACGCUGUCGGAGAUGCUUGACGUCAGUCUCCUCAAGAACCCUACUUUCCUCCUCAUCUGCUUCGGCAACGUCCUGGCAAUGUUGGGCUUCUACGUGCCCUUCGUCUACCUCGUGGACCGUGCUAUCUCGCUGGACAUUGAUGAGGGGAAGGCAGCCUUCCUUUUGUCUAUCAUAGGAAUUACCAACACUAUUGGCCGUGUCCUUGCCGGCUUCCUGGCCGAUCUCCGGAAGGUCGACAGUCUCCUCAUCAACAACGUCGCGAUGCUGCUACUGGGGAUAGCGACGAUGCUGGCCCCGUUCUGCACCACCUACCCCCUGUUGUGUACAUUCGCUGCCGUCUUUGGUCUGUGUGUCGCUGCCUAUAUCUCCCUGACGUCCAUCAUCAUCUGUGACCUCCUGGGUCUGGAGAAUCUGACCAAUGCCUUUGGCCUACUCACCUUGGCACGUGGAAUAUCAUCUACAGCCGGGCCACCGCUCGCAGGAGCCGUGUACGACCUCAACGGUUCGUACGAUACCUCGUUCUACCUAGGGGGCGCUUUGGUGAUAGCUGGCGCCCUCUGCCACUUCCUGCUCUGCACACCCUGUUUUAAGACGUCAGCUGAAGACCGAAUUGUGGAGAUCGGUUUAACGGAUGAUGUCCUCGAUCCAACAAUUCGCAUGGAAGAAGUCAGACCGGAAGUUGAAGUUGUCUCCCCCUCCUUCAGCUGCGAAAAUACCGGAAAUUGUCAUUGACAGUUCCAGUGACAAAGAGAAGGAGAACUAAAGAGACGCCACGGAUUAAGGAAUGGUCCUACGGGAAUAGCGAGCAAAUCCAUGAACCAUCUUUUGCCAUGUUGUUGGGGGCGGUUGGGUAGCCUAGUGGUUAAAGCGUUCGCUCGUCACGCCGAAGACGCGGGUUCGAUUCUCCACAUGUGUACAGUGUGUGAAGCCAAUAUCUGGUGUCCCCCCGUCGUGAUAUUGCUUGAAUAUUGCUAAAAGAGGCUUAAAACUAAAUUCACUCACUCACUGUAGCCAUGUUGAAAUGAAGAAGGACUGUCUUGAGCACGAACUUGCACAGAUUUCCUUGUGUGAGAGUUCAGAUUUUGUUGUGAGAUGAGAUAUAUACUUCCCACGAACAUCGAUAUAUAUGUGUCUACCUCAAUAUUCACACACAUUUGUUGAAGACAUCCGUUGAUACAUCGUGACAGUUACGAUGUAGAGGAUGACGGUGACGGAAUUAUGUCUCAUUCAAAGUGCCUGCUGCUUCUGAGAGAACACAGUCUGACUAAGGUUAGCCCAGUGGUGCGGGUGUUUUCUCGUUUACUUCAAGAUCCGGAUCGCCUCACUAGUGUUCGUAGUGUUCGUGUGACUGCAGCACUGUUACAUGAAGAGCAAUGGAGUCAUACUCUCGUCUUAGUCCUGUGACAGAUCGUUUAACAUAGGGCACCCAGGGAAGACCGCAUGAGAAUGAAGAUCCAAACGCUCAAAUCGAAGCCAUUUAUCGAUAUGACGAAAUCAGCGAUGACGUCAUCUCCACCUGUGAUGUUUCAGAAACACUUCGUCUGUCUCAGUUGCCUGUAUAGUGGAAGGUUUAUUGUAUCGAAUGUGUGUCAUAUAUGUACGUACACACAAGGUUAUGUGAGCUGUCAGUGGUUGUCUUGUUUUCUGACGGUAUUGUUGGUAUGAAAUUGUAUCGACAGUUCUGUGUUCCCGAUUGUAUAACCACCCAUUAUAAUCCAUGUGUCUGAUUAUAGAUCCUGUGUUAGAUUUUUGCUUCUGUGUGUGUGUAUUAGCUCUUGUGUUUGAAUAUAGCACACGUGUUUGAUUAAAACCCUUGCGUCUGAUUAUAAUCAUGUGUCAGAUUAUAACCCAUGUGUCUGAUUGUGACCCGUGUGUCUGAUUAAUACCCAUGUUUUUUUAUUACAGCCCGUGUACCUGGUUAUAGCCCAUGCCUGAUUAUAGCUCAUGUGUCUGAAUAUAGCCCACGUGUCUGAUUAUAGCUCACGUGUCUGAUUAUAGCCCAUGUGUUUGAUUGAAACCCUUUCUGAUUAUAGCCCAUUUGUCUGAUUACAGUGCGUGUGUCUGAUUAUAAUCUGUUUGAUUGGCAUUUUAGACGUUGAUGAAUUGUAGGAAAGGUGCCAUACUUUAUGGAUAACAACUUCUUUAGUAUAUUAUCAUGCGACGUUUCGGUUUAGAUUAUCAUACUGUUGCCAAGCAAGAGUGUGUCUGAUUAUAUUACACGUCACUGAUUUUACCCAUUUGUCUGAUUAUAGCCCACGUGUCUGAUUAUGGUCCACGUGUCUGAUUUCAGCCCAUUUGUCUGAUUAUAUAUAGCCCACGUAUCUGAUUAUAGCCCACGUGUCUGACGUGUCUGAUUUCGGCCGAUUUGUCUGAUUAUAGCCCACGUGUCUGAUUAUAGCCCACGUGUUUGAUUACAGCCCAUGUGUUGAUUAAAACCUUUGUUUGAUGAUAA